AUGGCCAAGACCCCAAGUGACCAUCUGCUGUUUACCCUGGAGGAGCUGGUGCCCUACGACUUUGAGAAGUUCAAGUUCAAGCUGCAGAAUACCACCCUGGUGAAGGAGCAGUCACGGAUCCCCCGGGGCAAGCUCCAGACAGCCAGGCCGGUGAAGUUGGCCACUCUGUUGGUCACCCACUACGGGGAGGAGUACGCUGUGUGGCUGACUCUGCAGGUCCUGCGGGCCAUCAACCAACGCCUCCUGGCAGAGGAGCUCCAAAGGGCGACUGGCCAGGAAUAUUCCACACAAGAAAGUGGCACAGACAUUUCUGCAGAGUCGUGUUCUUCCGGGGAGAAUAAACCCAAGAGCCUGAAGAUACCAGCUGGCCCAGAAGGUGAUGGGCAGCGGCUGAGUGGAGAUGGGGCGGCCAGCCUACUGUCCAGUCAGCCUGAGGCUGGGCGGGGGCCCCUGAAGAAGUCUCAGGACAAGCGGAGAGAGCAGAAGGGCCCCGAGGGCCUGGACGCACAAGGCAAGCCAUGGGCCAGGAGAAGCCCGGUCCCUGGCAAGCCGCUGGGGGACAUUAAGGCAAGUGCCGGGCUCCGCAGGAAUGCCAGCUCUGCAGGAAGGCUUCAGGGGCUCUCCAGUGGGGCCCUGGGACGGAGGGAAUCCAAAAAAUAUGAAGUGUACUUACCUUCAGGAAAGAAGCGACCCAGAAGUCUUGAAUUUACCAUUUCCUCAGAAGAGAGAGAACCCCCAGACCCAGAAACUCUUCUGACUCAAGAGGAAAUGAGAACUGUGAAUCUAGACUCAGCAGCCACUCCCAGGGGAGACAACACUCUGGAUGUAGGGGCUGCUGGGGCUCUGGAGAAAGGUUUCAGGAACCCAGAACAUUCUAUGACCGGGAGGCCACAGGACAAGGCUGUAUGUUCCUUUUGCCACGUUCAGGGAGGAGACCCGGUUGGAGGUACCUGCGUGCACAAUUCCUGCAGCUGCCCUGUUGCUUCUGAAGACCCCAGUGCCUCAGGCAGUCCCUUGCCCAGCUGCCCCCGGUGCCAGGGCUCACUCAUGAGGAAGAGCUCCGGAAGCCUAAGCCCCCAGCCCUUGCCUCACUGUAAGCGCCACAUGAAGCAGGUCCAGCUGCUCUUCUGUGAAGACCAUGGGGAGCCCAUCUGCCUCAUCUGCAGGCUGAGUCAGGAGCACCAAGGUCACUGGGUGCACCCCAUCGAGGAGGCCGCCUUGGAAUACAAGGAGCAAAUUGAGAAGCAGCUGGAGCAUCUGAAGAAGCUGAGAAUAUCUGGGGAGGAGCAGAGAUUACAGGGUGACGAGAAGAUGGCAAACUUCCUGAAACAAACUGAAACGCAGAGGCAAAAGAUCCGGUGUCAGCUGGAGCAACUGUGUCAGUUUCUGGAGCAGCAGGAGAAGCUCUUUGUGGCCUGGCUGGAGCAGCUGGACCAGACCAUCAGCAAGGUCAGGGAGACAUAUGGUACCCAAGUGUCCCGGGACAUCACCCUUCUCGACGAGCUGAUUGGGGAGCUGGAAGCCAAGCAGCACCAGUCGGAUUGGGAGCUCCUGCAGGACAUCGGAGUCACCUUGCACAGGGCCAAGACGGUGACUAUCCCUGAGCUGUGGACCACCCCUCCAGAGUUAAAAGAAAAGAUCCACCUGCUCUACCAGAAAUCAGAGUUUGUGGAGAAGAGCAUGAAGCACUUCUCGGAAACACUGCGUUCAGAAAUAGAAACUUUCAGCGUUCCAGAAUUGAUUAGCGCUCAGGCACAUGCUGUUAAUGUGAUUCUGGAUACAGAAACUGCCCAUCCCAACCUCAUCUUCUCUGAUGACCUGAAGAGCGUGAGACUUGGAAACAAGUGGGACCGGCUGCCUGAUAGCCCAGAAAGAUUCGAUAGCUGCGUCAUUGCCCUGGGCUUGCCAAGCUUCCUCUCUGGCCGCCAUUACUGGGAGGUGGAGGUGGGAGACAAGACAGGGUGGGUCCUGGGAGUCUGCAAAGCAUCCACGAGCAGGAAGGGGAGCAUGACUCUGUCACCAGAGAAUGGCUACUGGGUGGUGAUGAUGACGAAGCGAAACGAGUAUCAGGCAUCCACCUUGCCCCCAACCCGCGUGCGAAUGAGGGAGCCCCCCAGCCGUGUGGGCAUCUUCCUGGACUACAAGGCUGGAGACAUUUCCUUUUACAACGUGACAGCCAGAUCCCACAUCUACACCUUCUCCAGCUUCUCUGCCUCUGGGCCCCUUCAGCCUAUCUUCAGCCCUGGGACACACGAUGGCGGGAAGAACACAGGUCCUCUGAUCAUCUGUGCAGUGGGUGGCCAGGGGCCUCCCUGAAUGCCUAGCGUUGUGUCUCUGUUCUGGCUCCUGGCCUGUGUCCCGCAUCCAUACACUCGGCAGUCAUUACUGAUCACCCACUGAGUGCUGGUUGCUAUAGGGAGUGUAAUGAAUAAGCAAAUAGUCCCUGUGCCCAAGGAGCUUACCGAAUCGUAGCCGAAGUGAGCUAGUUACCAAACAUUGCUAAAUCAAGGGUGACGACGACACACGUGCCAAUGACUUGUGAUGGAUUUCAUAGAAAGAAGUACAUGGCUGUUGUAUAAGAAAUGCUUGGGUGAAUUAACACCCUCAGAUGCUCCAGGCGGAAGAUUCUGUCUUUGUUGCCUCUCAGAACCCCACGCCAAGAGCGUGUCCCUGAUUCUUUCCACUCCCGUCUUGAGGACGUGGGAAGCCUAGAGAGAAGACAGUAGACAGGAUUGUUAUUAAACUAUUUUUGUCCCUUUAUUGAUGAA